AACUUUCUUCUCUUCUACAUUCUUAAUUACUUUAUAUUUUCUCUCAAAAAUGUUUAUUACUAUUUUUCGUUCUAUUAUUUUCCAUCUAUUCAUCUAGUUAAGGAUAAGACUCUGUUUGCAUUUGCAUUAUUUGAACCUUGCUCUACGAAGCUUCCUGUGCUAUAUUUUGGCCACUUUUUGGGGUAUAAUUGAGUGGUACUAGAAAAAAUGCCACUAACCUUCGCAUUUUUUGCGUGGUUUUCGUUGGCUGAUACCAAUGCCUUGGAGGGAUUUCAGAUCUCUUUCUUGCUUCAAGAAUUUUAUGGGCAUCUUUAAGGACGCAUCGACGAAGAGGCUGGAGAUUACUGCAAAUACCUGCCAAUCAUUUUCAACUCUUGACCUUGCACUGAUAGAACACAAGGAUAAAGAGAACAAGAUGAGGGAAGUUCAGCUUGGUUCGCAUACUGUGAUGUCCCAUGGGGUUACAGUUGCAAGGACACACAUGCAUGAUUGGCUUAUACUUUUAGUUCUUGUGGUGAUAGAGGUCAUUCUAUAUGUUAUUCAUCCAUUUUAUCGGUUUGUUGGGAAGGAUAUGAUGUCGGAUCUUAAGUACCCCUUCAAAAGUAAUACAGUGCCUGUUUGGGCUGUCCCUAUAUAUGCCGUUAUUUUGCCUAUGGUUAUUUUCCUCAUUAUCUAUUUUCGUAGGAGAGACAUCUAUGAUCUCCACCAUGCCAUACUAGGUAAUAAUAUCUUCCAUUUCCUUGUUUUGUACCUCUUAAAAUUUCCAUCAUGCUAUCAGUUGCGGUUAUCACUACCUAAUGCACAAGAUGUUUUUAUGAGUGCAGGCCUCUUUUAUUCUGUUCUAGUGACAGCUGUCAUUACCGAUUCAAUAAAAAAUGCUGUUGGUCGGCCUAGACCUGACUUCUUUUGGCGUUGUUUCCCAGACGGAAAGGAUGUUUAUGAUCAAUUGGGAAAUGUCAUAUGCCACGGUGAUAAAAAUAUUAUUAAGGAAGGACAUAAAAGUUUUCCAAGUGGACACACCUCAUGGUCCUUUGCUGGCCUGAGUUUCCUAUCUCUCUACCUAUCUGGAAAAAUAAAAGCAUUUGACCGCAGAGGCCAUGUUGCAAAGCUAUGCAUUGUCUUUCUGCCACUACUAGUUGCUUGUCUUGUUGGCAUUUCUCGAGUGGAUGACUACUGGCAUCAUUGGCAGGAUGUCUUUGCUGGAGGUCUAUUAGGGCUUGUAGUGGCUACAUUUUGUUAUUUGCAGUUCUUCCCUCCGCCAUAUCAUCCUCAAGGACACGUGCAAUUAGUACACUGGGAGCCAAUAAAAAUCUGGUUGGGGACCUUAUGCAUACUUUCAGGUAUUGGAGGAGUCACGCAUACAAGCAUCCAAUGCUAUAAAUCUGGGAAAUUCAGAGACAAUGGAGGCUGAAGCUGAGAAUGAAGAAGGUGAAAGUAAUGGAUUCAUGGGACUACAUCUGGCUCGUAGCUCUAGUUUGCCAAUGGAAGACGUAGAACGGGGAAGGAAGUAAUUUUCACAAGACACAUAAAGUCUCAGGCUAAGGAGUUGGGCUUGACUUCUCGUUGACUAGCAGGAGGAAAUUCAAGAUUGCGACUUGUUGCCUAUCAGAGUCCGGAAUAGGCAGUACAUUGAGCUGCGGUAAGUUGUUUCCGAAACUUUUUGGCAGCCAUAAAAAGCGACUAAAGGACUGGCGAGUUUCAGUUUAAACCAACAUUUUAUAACAAGUUUGUGACGCAUUAAUAGAAGUUUCCCUUUGAACUACAUACGCUGUUUUAUUGUUUUUUCCAUGGAAUAUGUGACGGGAGAAUAAAUGAUACCAUUGUAUUAGUAGUAAACUUGUAGCCAUGAUUGUACAAGUGAUCUAAUAAACAUGGGUGAAUUACAAGGUAA